GCCUGUGAAUGAAAUCUCUUCUACAACUACUACCACCACCUCACCUGCCUUCGUCUACCUCUAGCUCUCUGUGAGUUGCCAUUAGGAUUUUUUUUCUUCUGUCUCGCCAUGAAGCCUCCUCACUUUACCGGGGAAGGUUCAGGUUCUUGGGCUCACGAGGUCAAACAGGCCCUCCGUGACAAGCUCCGGCGGGCCUAUGGCACCGCCGGCGCGGCGAGGCCGGCCGCCUCCGCCGUCAGCCGCGGCCCGAGCCACGGCGGCGACGACUGCCGGGGCUCGGCCGCGGAGGACCCCAUAAGGAGAGUCAUGUUCUUGGCUCCCUGGGGUCACACAUAAAAAAGAAAAGGUAGAUCUGAACUAAAGAAACAUGCAUGGGCAUGCUGCAUGGCCAUGUCUUGAUUGGUCAGAUCUGCAAGAAACUGAACCGAAAACGGGGGGAAAUUGAGUAAGUCUUGUAAAAUUAUGAAUGAUGGGAGUAUGAGGCCAUGAACAUGAACUCAUGCAUGAAGGACUAACUAGGUAGUGAUGAUGGGUGGGUGUAAUCUAAAAGGAAAACAAGGAGGUAUGUAGUUCGUGUUUUUCUUGGCAAGAUGAGAUAUUGAGAUGUUCAUGUGGUGCUGGAGCUUAAAACCUUUUAGCCAUGAACAUGAACUCAAGAAAGUAUGGACUAGUAGAGUCUUGUGCAAAGUUAUGAGAAAACCUACUCCAUGUCCCACUUUGUUGCCUGUUGUUCUUGUUCAGAUUACCUAUGCAGAAAAACUCUGAUGAUACUAUGUGGUUGGUGAGCUUUCUAACUAUGAAAUUAUUAUCUUUCUGUUUUGUCCUUU